ACAGGGAAUAAAUUCCCUGACCAGAAAGUCAGUUUCAGUAAAUUACAGACCAGGAGUGGUUGGUUCAAAGCUUGCAGUUUUAUGGGCACUGAAGUAAGAAGAAUUCAAAGUUCAGAAGAAAGAACUGAGAAAAGUCAGCUGAAUUACAUGAGAAGAUUUGAGGCAGACCUCUCUGGAUUUGGGUCUGUAAAGUGAUGGUUUAUGGAAAGGAUUGCACCGUUCUAACCAAAGAAUACAGAGUGGAUAGAUAUUUCAGAUAGAUGCUCGACCAUCACAGAAGGAACAAUUGUACAACGCUGGAAGGACAUCCAGUCCCUUCACAGCAUGGCAGUGAAACCAUCAUCUGGAAAUCGGUCAGAUCAGGGAGGUUUGACUUAUCAUCAGAUCUGAAACUGGUCAGUGGUGUGGAGCCUUCCAUCAGAGCCAACCUUUCUGAAGGUUUGGCUGAGGGUGAUCGGUCAGGGAGAGACUGGGAAGAAGUGUGAGUGGCUCCAAGUGUGGUGAGAGCUUCAUUCAUUCAUCAAACAUCAAAGUGUCCUACAAUUCUUUUAAUAACAAUGCAUUUGUGGUAUACCUGUUAAUGAAAGGACAACAUCAUGGAAGAGAAACGCUUCAAGUGUGAGGUUUGUGACAAAGCUUUUGUGAAAUCUACUCAUCUCCUGAUACACCAGAGAAUUCACACAGGGGAGAAACCAUUCAGGUGUCAGGUAUGUCAGGCGGCUUUCACCCAAUCCUCCCACCUCCUGACCCACCAGAGGUUUCACACAGGAGAAAAACCAUUCACAUGUCAGGUUUGUAAUAAAUCAUUCUCGCAGUCAUCAGGUCUCCACACACACCAACGUGUUCACACAGGGGAGAAACCGUACAUGUGCAAAGUGUGUGACAAAUCAUUCUCAGUGUCAUCUGCUCUCCGCAGGCACCAGCAGAUUCACACAGGGGAAAAGCCAUUUGUGUGCAAGAUUUGUGAUAAAUCAUUCUCACGGUCAACAGGCCUCCGUGAACAUCAACGCACUCACACAGGGGAGACACCGUACACUUGUGAGAUGUGUGACAAAUCAUUUUCACGGUCAGGGAACCUCCGCACACACCAACGCAACCACACUCGGGAGAAGCUGUUCAAGUGCAAGGUUUGUGACAUAUCAUUUUCAACAUCGUUGAAACUCUGUGAACACCAAUGUAGUCACAGGGGGGAAAUCAUUUAAUUUCUGAGGUAUGUGACAAAUCAUUCUCAGGUUCAUGAAACUUUCAUAAACAUCAAUGCAUUCACACAAGAUAUACAAGCAAGGGAAGCAGAUGUAUGUCACCAACAUGCUGUUGGGAGCUGUACUCUCUCUGAAGGAAGUUGAUGCUGCGAGAGUAUGGAACCUUCCAAAUUUAUCCAGCAACUGUAUGAAAUGCUCUGAGAUCAUCAGCUCAGCAGAGACAUUGAGUCUGACAUACAAACAUUUUCCUCAGAUUAUGGAAACUACACAAUGAAAUGCAACUCUUCAAAUGUUACCGGAAGUUGUGAUGAAAAGAUGGCCUGAAACCAUCAGAGACACCCCUGUGACUGAGUAUUGGACAGGGAUGAAGUGAUCACCCAAGGUGGUAUUUUAUACAAAGGAAGCAGGGUCAUUAUUCCAAAGAGAUGCUGAAGCAAAUCCCAUACAAACCACUAAGGAAUUAAGUCAAGUCUGAGGAAAGAAAGAGUAGUCAUCUACUGACCAAACGUGAGCAAUGAGAUGAAGGACCACAUCAGCCAAUGCAGCGCUUGUAAUGAACAUCAAACUAAACAAUUUAAAGAGCUGCUCAUGACUCGUGACAUUCCCAGACAGCCCAUGGAUGAAGCACGGAGUACAGCUCUUCAUUGACAGUGGAACUGAUUUUCUUGUCACAGUUGGUGAUUAUUCAGGCAGCAGGGAGUUAGAGCAGCUGAUGUUGGCGACAGUGAGAUUGUAGAAUAUCUGAAAGCACAUGACAUUCCUGACAUUGUGAUGAGUGACAAUGACCUCAGUUCAUGAGUGAAGAAUUCAGACACUUCAUGAAUGAUUGGAAAAUCCAGGACCACACAUCAUCUCCACACAACCCCAGUCAAAUGGAAAGGCUGAGACCAAGGUGAAAAUUGCCAAAGGAUUGUCAAAAAAAUCCUCUUGAUUCAGCACAGAUGUGUACAGUGCAAUCUGAGGGGAGGAAACACACUGCCUGAAGGCAGGGAAAGUUGUUUAGUCUGGCGACAAAUGUCACAAUGCACCCACAAUACUCAAUAACUAAAAAUCCAUUGAGAUCAGAGUAUUGACAGUGGAGACAGUGGCAUAAUGGUUCUGUCACUCAUAAUCGAGAACAUAUUCUGGUGACAAGGGUUUGAUUCUCAUGGUAGAUGAUGAAAUCUGAAUUCAGUAAAUAUCUAGAAUAAAGAAAAACUAGUCUAAAUGAUAAUCAUGCAACAAUUGUCAUGAACUUCACCCCCCACCGCGCCCUGCAGUUCAUUGACACAUUUGCCAUCUUUACCUGGUCUGACCUAUGUGUGACUCCAGAUUUACAGAGCAAUUGGUUGACUGUCAACUGCUCUCUCAGCAAUAAAUUAUGGACUAGCCAGGAACACCAAAUCCCAAUUGAUUUUAAACAGUGUAACAUGAUCAAAGUGGUAAUUAGCUAAAUUUCUUUUCAGCAGGACUGCCAAAUAGUUGUUUGAAUUGCAUGUUGGGAGCUACUUGGAGUGCCAACAUUCAAUACACUCAACAAAUGAGAGGUCACUUAGGUACUAGGGACCUGUGUUCUGAAACUGUCACCUCAAUUGUACACACUGCACUUGAACAAUCAGAUGCACCAUUGUACCUGAAGACAUCUAUUUCCACUUGGAGAAGCUCCUCCGUCACACAGUUAGCUGACGAGGCAGGUCUGAUUUCAUUGACUGAGGAACUGAAUGACCAUCAGUCACAAAGGUCAACCAUUUACCAACAAAUUGGCAACAACAACAUUCUCCAGAGAGGCAACGUCACCUCAGGAACCAGCAGAUGCCAAAUGAACAGCCAACAAUUCAUUGGCAUGCCUUAAGAAGACUCAGUGCUUUAAAGAUUAUCGGAGUAAUAUUGUGCAGAAACAGACAAAAUUGAAAUAGACUGAAGUUUUCUUUCUUGAUCUGUAGUAAUUUUCAUGAUAGAAUAUAUAUAUGUGGAUCAUAUUGUAAAUACUGUAUAUAAUUUAUUUUUCUUUCCAUAAA